AUGAACAUGAAAUUUGGAUUUUUAACAGUCAAUGGAUUGGAAGAUAUGUUUAUACCUGUUUUGAAAAACUGCAAGAGCACAGUUUUUUUGAAGAAAAUUCAUGCUCAAAUUGUCAAAUUUUCUCUUUCACAGAGUAGUUAUUUGGUCACCAAAAUGGUUGAGAUUUGUGACAAAAAUGGAGAAAUAGAAUAUGCAAAAUUGCUAUUCAAACAAGUUGAAGAUCCAAAUAACUAUUUAUACAACUCAAUAAUCAGAGCUUAUACACAUAAACAUAGAUAUAUUUCAUGUAUCAAUGUGUAUAAGCAAAUGAUGAUAUGUACAAUUUCUCCCGAUGAAUAUACGUAUCCAUUUGUUAUUAGAUCAUGUAGUGCAAUUUUGCGUGUUGAUGUAGGUGAACAAUUUCAUGUUCAUGUAUGGAAAUUUGGGUUGUAUUAUAGUAAUGUGAUUGCGAAUUCGUUAUUGGAUAUGUAUGUUAAAUGUGAUCGAAUGAGAGAUGCACAUUUGGUGUUUGAUGAAAUGUCUGAUAGAGAUGUGAUUUCAUGGAAUAGUUUAAUUUGUGGACAUGUAAGGUUGCGUCAAGUGAGGAAGGCGAGAGCAUUGUUUGAUGUAAUGCCGGAUAAGAGUAUUGUUUCUUGGACUGCUAUGAUUUCGGGGUACACGAAAACGGGGUGUUAUGGAGAUGCUUUGGAUGUUUUUAGGAGGAUGCAAAUGGUUGGUGUGAAACCGGAUUGGAUUAGUUUGGUUUCGGUUUUGCCUGCUUGUGCGCAACUUGGAGCGCUUGAGUUAGGGAAGUGGAUUCAUUUCUACGCGGAGAAGUAUGGGUAUUUGAGGAAGACUUCUGUUUGUAAUGCGUUGAUGGAGAUGUACGCGAAAUGUGGAAGUGUAAACGAGGCUUGGCAGUUGUUUAAUCAGAUGUCUGAAAGAGAUGUGAUCUCCUGGAGUACAAUGAUUGGUGGCCUAGCGAAUCAUGGUAGAGCUCAAGAAGCGUUGAAGUUGUUUCAUGAAAUGCAGAGGUCUGCUGUUGAACCGAAUGAGAUCACUUUUGUUGGUCUUCUAUGUGCUUGUGCACAUGCUGGUCUGUGUGAUGACGGUUUGAGGUACUUUGAUUCCAUGAAAAAUGAUUACAACAUAGAGCCCGGGAUAGAGCAUUAUGGUUGUCUGGUUGAUCUUCUUGGGCGUACAGGACGUCUUGAACGAGCUCUUGCAAUCAUCAAGACCAUGCCAGUUAAGCCUGACUCUGCUAUAUGGGGUUCUCUGUUGAGUUCUUGCAGAACUCAUCGCAAUCUUGAAAUAGCAGUUAUUGCAAUGGAACAUCUGUUAGAGCUCGAACCUGAAGAUACAGGGAACUACAUUCUACUCGCUAACAUUUAUGCAGAUCUCGGAAAGUGGGAUGGUGUAUCAAGGAUGCGGAAGUUCAUUAGAAGUAAAAGCAUGAAGAAAACACCGGGCUGCAGUCUGAUUGAGAUAAACAGUUUGGUGCAAGAAUUUCUAUCGGGUGAUAAUUCGAAACCAUUCUCAAAAGAUAUCCAUGAGGUGCUAGAGCUAUUAGCCUUACAUCAAAGCAAAGAAAAUGAUCUAGUUGAUACAACGCUCGAGUACUUAAGUCCAUGAAUAUAUCGAGGAGAAGUUGUCAUUCUGAGUGCAUAAGCUCUUUUCUUGUUCAAGUUUUUAGCACACUCGUUAUGUGUGGAAGUUCCAGGAGGAGUAAUUCAGAUUUGUGGGAUAAGCAAAGACGGGACGAUGAACUAGAAAGCACAUAUGUGAGCCUGGAAGUCUAGGCCAGACCCGCAACAGAGU